UCAUAGCACCGGCAUUGGGCAAACAUGGUGCUAAUUCAAAAGCCCUAGUUUUCAGAACGCCCAUUUCGAAUUUCAACCAGUCGGAGAGCGAAUCCACAGAUUCACAGUGAGAUUCACUAGUAGUUUCGAACGGAAUGGCUUCGAAGUUCGCCGAAGAUCGCGGCAACACGGAGACCGACGACGGCACCGCUGCCAUCCAGAAGAAGCGGGCUCGGCGGGUGAGCUUCGCGGAGAUCACCUCGGUUCAUGUCUUUGACAGAGACGAGGACUACGAGACGCCUCCGGAAGCAAAGCCUAGCUCAGAUGGCCCCGAAUCGGGCCAGCCGGACCAGGGGUUAGGGUUUCACCGCGAGUCUACCGAUGGCGAGGACUCCAGGGACUCGUUGAAGGACGAGGAGGCUGAGGAUGACGACGAUGAGCUCACUGUUCGGAAAUCGUUCUUUCAGCCUUUUGAGUCGCCUUCUCCCGGAAGUACCAUUGGUUCUGCAACGUCCAAUGAUGAAGAUAUCUUUUUCGGCCCUGUAUCAGCUAGUUUUAUCAGAACUGGAAGGAUGUCAGAUUCUGUAGCUUCAGAUGAAAACCAUGAUAUUACAAUGGAUUCAACAGCUUUUUCAAUGCAUUUUCGUAGUCUAGCAAGGUCAGACUCGGAAGACCUGAAAACUCCAGCAGGUGUUCAUCUUUCUUUUGAUGAGAAAACACCAACCCAGAACACCAUACCCACUAAUCUUGGAAGCUCAAUGGUAUUGACUGUAGCUAAGAAUCCAAUAUCCGCAUCUUCUACGUCUGUUGAGAAGUUAAGCGGUUGCAGUGAUUCUAAUGAUAUGAGUCUUGUUGGAGAAAAUCCAGAUAGGUAUGACUAUGGAAGACUAUCUUUUGGAUUGGAUGCACUCUUGGCUGAAGGAACUAAGGACUUGCAUGCUGUUCCUAUAUCUGACAAAGGCAUUGUUUCUAAUUCACCAAUAAACAUGAAAAGUAGUUUUUUGCCAGAAAAGAAGCAUAAUGAUCUCACGGAGCCUAACAACAGUAGAGAUAGCAAUAUGAAACCCGUGGAAACUUGUGAUAUGCCUGGUGAAGCAGUUUCUUCUGUCCGUGAAAAGAAACAGAGUGACACAAAUGCUAGAUGCAGUGUCUUGGCUGACAUGCACAAUGCUUCACCUUGUGAUGUCUAUACUGAUGGCAAUGAACAAAGCCGGUCUCCUAAUCAGUUAAACAAGAGAAUGAUGUCCAGUAUGAGCAAGGAGUCAAACAAUUUGGAAAUGCGGCCUGCAUCAGAUUAUGCUGUCAAUUAUGGUGCCUCAUCAGAACUAGAAAACAAUGUCUGUCGUCAGUUAGACGUGUUUGCCUCACAAGAAUGUGAAUCCCCAUUGGAAGGGUCAAUGUCCUCAUCAUUGUUGGCUAUAGAAAGGCAAAUAGUUCUUGAUAGUGGUAGUUUGUUCAAAAACUUGCAGACUGCAACUCCCCAAAAGCACUCUGGUUCUUUUGUAUGGGAUGAUAUCAGAAAAUAUGGUAAUGGCCUAUCAUCUAUUCAGAGAAGCAUUCCUCGACUGGAAAUGCUCAAGACUUCUCCUUUUUCAUCCACACUCAAAAUGAAUAUAGAUUCAACAUUCUUAUCGUCAGGGAACAUUUCUAAGACUUCUCCAUAUGGAUCUGUGCUGAAAAGAAAGAAAGAAGAUGCUCAGAUUAAACACAUGGAUACUUCAGCUGUUUGUUGUGAAGAAAAACUACAUUCUGUUAUCCAGGAAGAUGGAGAAAGAAAGCAUAUGACCAACAUGGACAAUAAUGAUGUUGAAAUUCUGGAGAGCAUUGUAGAUGCAAGCCAUCCUGAAAGCUCUACAGGUGUUACAAGUGUUCAAAUUUCUCCAAUCCGGAUGUCUACGGGCACCAUUCUUGGGGAAGAACCUGUUAAACUUGCAGAAGAAGGGGCUUCACUCUCUCAGUUAACUUCGCUCGGAAAGAUGAGACGGAUGAAUCUCUUGACAUCAGCAGAUCGGACAGGGGGAAUGGCUGUUACUUCUGGAACAGAUUCCUUGUUGUCAAGGAGUGCUUUUGAUCAUGUAAAGGAUAAGAGAGCAACUGGCUCACCAACUAAAUCUCUUCAUUCUCUAGAGAAAACUAUGCCAAAGAAGUUAUUCGAGACAACAGGAUAUCGGGAUAGUCACUCACAAGAUUUUUGGCUGUAUGACCAGGAUAAUAAUACUAAAACUAUAAAUUUGGCACAUGAUGCAGAUUCAAGGGAAGAUUUUAGAAAUUCCAGCCAGUUGGCUACAGUUGCCAAUAAGUUGGACUCUCCUUUCAUGGAUGUAGUACCAUCAAGCUCGCCCAUCAUUGACACGAACCAUACUAAAGAAUCCACUGAAACUGCUGAUGGAAGAAAUAUUAAUCUUCAUUCCUUGCUAGAUAAAUCUGGAGCCACAGGGAUUUUCUGGACCCCUCUGGCUGAUAGGGACCUGAAACUUAAAUCUAUGGAUGAGAAUCUCCUGAUUGGAACAGACCCAGUGAGAUCUACAAAGAACCUUACAGAGGGAUGGUUGAGAGCUUCUUCUUUUCAUUCUGCUUCUCCAGUUGUUCAUAGGGGUGAUAGGGAGUCAUCACACCAAAAGAAGCUGGUGGAGAUGCAUACUCAAAGUCCAUCAAGGAAAGGGCUGUAUGAUGUGAGGCCCAAAGAUAUACUCAAUUCAGUUUCAAUGCAAGAUGUACAAGUUGCCAACACCAGCCAAUUGAGAAGUGAAUUUGAGAAUCUUUCUUCACGGAAAAGAGGAAGGAAAGAUGUGGUACCUGGGAACAGUAAUCUUUUAGAUGAAAUUGAGAGGACCGAUAGGAGUCCUAAACUUCAUAAAAGUGAGGGCCGUGAUUCAGAGUUCUUGUCAGUUUGUCCGGAUAAAAGUAAUGAUGGAAUAUCUAGAAUGGGACCUGAGGCAAGUUUGGAGCACUGGGCUGAUAUCUUAUCAAAACUUCUGGAAGAUUCAAAACAGUUGAUUUUGCCAUCAAUUGAGAAGCUAAAUUUGCAAGCAAUUCAGGUGCUGGAAGAUGUUUUGGUUAACUUGAGGGGACAGCAAAUUUAUCAAUUCCUUUCCAAUGAAGUUCGGUCUCAGAAAUCAGUUGUCAAUCUCGCUAAUCUGCAGCAUAAAAGAAUAGUGGAAAUGAAACUCUUGUUGCAUAGAUUAUUGCAUGAACAGGUCAAAGGGCAGUUAAUGCGCGUGAAACAAGAGAGGCUACUGGAAAAAGUACAUAGAUUGAACCUUGGAAUUCAGGAGAUUCAAAUGUUAAAGUUGAAUUCUUUGUCAAGCAUAUCUGUAGCAUCUGCAACUGAUGCUCAGGUCGAUUAUAAUCAUUCUUGUAUGGCUGGUUUGGAGGGUGUAAAAGAGGAAGAGGUUGCUGGUGACAAACUAACUGCAUUGAGGAAGGUGUUGGAUGCAUCAGAAAGAAAAAUUAUAAGCUUGACUAAAUCUCUUCAGACCUCUUGUAAGAUGAAAGGAGAACCAAGCUGUGGUGAAGCUAUAUUUUUAGUUACCAAUCACUUGAAGAAGAAAGCUUGUUGCAGGUUUACACGCCUGGGCUUGCAGUUGUGGGAAGUUGAUAAUCUGAAGAAUAUGAACGGUCAGCGCAAUAUGGUUCUCAACUAUUUGGGCUUCAUCAUCCAAAGGUUGACAGUAAAUGUAGGUCCAGUUUCACAUAUGGUAGUUUCAAAUGAGUUGAAUGAUGUGAACAUCUUGAAGAAUCUCCCAAAUAUGGAUGCUUACACUGCUUUUGAGUUUGUGAUUAGUGCAAACACCACUUGGAAGUAUGUUGGUUCUAGGAGUUUGACUCAAGAAACACAAAUAACCAGUUCAGUUUUAGGUAAUUUGCUAGAUGUUGUUGAGGAGAUACAAGUAGCACGGGUUGAACUUCAAAAUCUUAUCAAAGCAUGUUUUCAUUGUCCAUAUGUUGGAAAGCUUGAACUUCAUCUACAUUUUGUCAACCUUAGAAGUGGUACAAAGGUGGCAUUGACUCUUGAUGUGUCGUGUUUACAAUGGGGCACAUAUCCUACGGAGAUUAUUCCGUCUUUAUCGGGGGGACCAGCUGCCAUGUCGCAAAAAUCACUGCCUGAAACACUCUCAGCUGAAAUUACAGCUGCAAUUCAUGAUCUGAGACCUGGAUAUUUAAGGCUUUUGCGUCUUUGUCGGAGCGUAUCCCAUGCGGUUCACGCUUGGAGUGGGUAAAUGGUAGUUAGAGAAUCUGAAAAGAAGAAACCACCAACAAUUCGUUGGUUUGACUGGAUUCAAUCUAAUUCGAGUUAACCGAGGCCCUGCCGACACUGGACUGGACUGGACCGUACAAAUAUAACCCCUCUUUUUCCCUUUUCCAAAAUUAGACCAAGUAGAUCUAAACUGUUUGCUGCUGCUGGCUGCUUGGAUUGCGAAUUUGUACCGUGAGAUGAUACUUCCAUCUUUUGCACUCAACCUGAAUACAUAGCCUUUUAGUUCGAAGUGUUGCGCUUUCCCGAAAGUGAGAAAAAGAUCACAAGGAUCCAUUGUGUUUAACUUUGAGGCAUUUUUGGAAAAGCCCGAGGACAACUUUCCGCCUUUUGACCAUAAUUGGUUGCUGCAACAAAAAGGUCAAGCAGCCUAGGUUGUCCCUUUUUUAAACAAAAAGGGUAAGUUUGAAUUUCAAGAUAUACUCUUGCCCUUUACUUUCACCGAGGGUUAAUGGGGAUAUAGUUUUAUGACCACCUGUCUUGAUACAAUCUAAAUAUCAUCUAAAUAAAUAGCCAGCCGAUAAUAUUUUUAAGAUUUCAAUCUCAGUACCAUAGUUUCUUUGCCUAUAAUAAACUUAAAUUAAUUCCAUGCCGGGGGACACUGAAAAGUCUUUUAACACUAAAUUUAUUGACCACUUAGCCCAUACUGGGGGCGCAGACAUUUCAACCGCCUG